UGAUAACGUAUCGAAAUUAGCAAAAUGAGUACGAGAAAAGUGAACAAAAGCAAAGGAGAAAAGUGAACAAAAGCAGAGUCUUUUUCUUGGUCAGUUGGUAUGCUUAGCUAUUACGGUGAAGGAGUCAUCAUAUUCAUAUGAUUCAUAUCUGAAUUUAUCUCUUCGUUUGCUUUUUUGGGUUAUUUACAGAGCAAGAUCUUUUUUUUUUGACGGUGGGGUUUCUUAUUUAUCUCUGAAUAUCUUGUCGGUUCAGCUUCUGCGUUUCAGAUUCAACCCAUUUACGUCUAAUUCCAAAGUGGGUUUUCUUGAUUUACUCUCUUUCUCUCUCCAUUUUUACUCGGUUCAGCUACUGUUACCAGUCUUUUCUCUCUUUACAGGUCUUCCACAUUCUUUUCAAGCUAUUGGACUUUCUGUUACUGUGUUCUCUUCUACUUUUUAAGGUCAAUUCCAAUCUGGGUUUUGGGUUUUUCUGUAGUCAAUCCCUUCUUCUUCUUCAUUUUCCACCUGGAUCUUCGUUCCUGCCCUGUUUGGAUCUUUUCUAAGCCUUCUGUUCCUCACACUUUCCUAAUAUAUAUUACAUGAAGUGCAGACACAACUGAUUCAAUUUUGUUCUGAAAAUACUUGUGUUUACUGCUACUUAAUAGUUUCAAAAAAUGAAUUGUUUUUGCAUACUCAAACGCAAGCCCGAGCCCCACAAUUCUAAUCUGUCACCCACAUUGAAAAUUCAAAGUAAAUCGAAUAAUCCAGGAGCAAAUGGAGCAACAAGGUCCGCAGGUUCAGUAUCAUCGCGAAGGGGCUUACCAGAAUUGUACAACGAGAAAGAGCACAAUUUGACAGUUUUCUCUUUCUUAGAGCUCAGAAAUGCAACAAAUAAUUUCAACAGGUUGCUGAAGAUUGGAGAAGGUGGUUUUGGGAGUGUAUAUAAGGGUGCAAUUAGGCCUCCAGAUGGGCAGGGUGACACUACUAUAGUUGCCAUUAAAAAGCUUAACAGAAAUGGAUUACAGGGUCAUAGACAAUGGAUUGCGGAAGUUCAAUUUCUUGGUAUUGUUGAUCACCCAAGCCUCGUAAAACUUUUAGGAUACUGCUCUGUAGAUGGACAAAAUGGGAUCCAACGCCUGUUGGUAUACGAAUACAUGCCCAAUAAGAGCUUGGAAGAACAUCUUUUCAACUGCUCUAUGCCUACCCUUCCUUGGAAAACAAGAUUAAAUAUAAUCCUUGGAGCAGCUCAAGGAAUGGCUUAUCUGCACAAGGGAUUGGAAAUCCAGGUGAUAUAUCGAGACUUCAAAUCUUCAAAUGUCCUCUUGGACAAAGACUUCAAUCCGAAGCUUUCGGACUUUGGACUUGCAAGGGAAGGGCCAAUAGGGGACCGGUCUCAUGUAUCUACUGAGCCUAUUGGGACUUAUGGAUAUGCUGCCCCAGAGUAUGUUGAAACUGGCCGUGUCUCGAUCAGGAGUGACGUGUGGAGCUUUGGCGUUGUGCUUUAUGAGAUACUCACAGGGAGGCGGACUGUGGAAAGAAACAGGCCAACAAUGGAGCAGAGACUUAUAGAUUGGGUGAAGCAGUUCCCAGCUGAUGGCAAGAGGUUUAGCAUGAUAAUCGAUCCACGUCUCCGCAGCAAAUAUUCUUUGACCGCCGCCCGGAGAAUCGCAAAGUUGGCUGAUAGCUGCCUGAACAGGAAUGCAAGAGAUCGGCCAACGAUGAGUGAGGUGGUGGAGAGCUUGAUGCUAGCAAUACAAGAUUCUGAUGAAGGAACUAUUUCAGAAAAAGCAAAGUCCUGAGUCUUUCCUAUGUGGAGAAAGGAGGGGAGUAUGGGGUGUCAAGUUUGACAAUAUUGAUUUAUACAGAUAAUAUAUGAAUUGAGUUAGUAUUAUAUAUAAAUAACCAGUUUAACUAAUAUUGUAACAAAAAAUGAAUGAUUCGAUAGAUACGAAUUAAUAA